AGAGAGAAGGAGGAUGUUUCUACUGGGUCUCCCGGAUCGGUGCCAUGUGGGAACUGUUUGUUAGCCCAGCUCCUUGGGAGUGGGCCAGGGAACGCCACUGUUAGAGAGAGAGAGAGAGUAAAGGGGGGGUGGCGGGGUGGGGGGGGAACAGAAACGGUACCAGCCCUGCCAGCCUGCUUCCCCCCCCCCUCCCUCUUGGCAGAGACCAUGCAGCAACACCUACUCCUCUUCCUGGUUUACAUGGACCCCCUGAGCCUGCUGGUGUGGGCGGGCAGGAGCCGCAGCAACAGGACACUGGCUUCACCCCCGCGGCGCCAGGGGGGCAAAGCGGCGCCAGUCAAUGCCACCGUGGUGGUGCCCGUCCUGCAGAUCAACAAGAUGAAGCCGCUGGUGCUGCAGCACUCCGAGAAAUGUCGGGGUCACUACGACGUGGCCGGCCAGUGGGACCCCGAUUUCGAGUGCAACAGGACUUCCUACAAUUACUGCUGUGGCACUUGCUACAUGCGCUACUGCUGCCAGGACAAGAACUACCGGCUGGAGCAGAACGGCUGUAAAAACUACGUGACCCCCAAAGUGGAGAUCCAAGUCACCACCGACCCGGAUCUGGGACAGCUGGACAACGUGUAUGACCCGAGCAAAGACAAGACCAACACCACGGUGUACAUCACCUGCGGAGUCAUCGCCUUUGUGAUUAUCGCUGGGGUCUUCGCGAAAGUUGCCUACGACAAAGCUACCCGCCCCCCGCGCGAAAUGAACGUCUCCAGGGCCUUGGCAGACAUCUUACGAAGCCAGGGACCGAUUCCAGUGCCACACUAUGAGCGAGAGAACAUGACUGCAAUAGAUGGAUCGCCCAAGGAAAACUCUCCUGUUAGAACCUCCAAAAACCAUUUUACACCCGUGCGAACAUCCAAAGGCAAUCACGGACUACAUGGAAAAGAUUCAAGCACCAGUCAUGGCUAUCGUAGUGGAGGACCAGACUUGCAUAACUUCAUUUCUUCAGGAUUUGUGACACUGGGACGAGGACAUCUCAAGGACUGUUUCAGAGAUCCUUUCCAAUAUUCCAAACCAACAAGCCAUAAGGAACAAAUUGCAUAUCUGGACUGGGAGGCCAAAAACGUUCAGAGGUUUCCCCAAAGAUACAGAGAACUUGGAUCCCUUGGUAAUCAUCAACACAAUUAUAACCAUUUAGGACUGAUCAGUCCAACUCGAACUCCCACAAAUGGAUUCUGA